AUGAACAGCGGCGCUGACGUUACAGUGAUAACUUUAACAGUAUAUCAACAACGAAAACUACAGUCAACACUCAAGUCGACUGGCAAAGUUUUUAUGGGCCCGUGCAAUUACAAAAUGAACUGUAUAGGAACAUUCACUUCACAGCUGCGACACGAGGACAAGACAACUACAGAAGAAAUCUUCGUCGUUAAAGGACUCGAAAGAUCAUUAUUUGGAAGACAAGCAGCCCACAGUCUGAAUUUACUCAACUGUGUCGACGCCCUAAACAGCAACGAAAUGAAAGAAAGCGUCAAAGAAAAGUAUCCCAAUCUUUUCACUGGUCUUGGACAAAUUAAAGACCAAGAGUAUGAUAUUAAAGUCACGCACGAAGCAACACGUUUUGCAAUCACGGUUCCAUGA